AAAGAGAUCUGCAAUGCUGUCAUUCACAUUUGACAACAAAGAGAGUGAUUUUGCCGAUUUGGGAGAAGCAAGAGAUUGGCUCGAAAAGCUCAAAGAAGAAAUUGAAUUCAUCAUGCUUAUGCAAGAACAUUGCUCCAGACCGACCCUUACCCAGAAAGAACGCGCUGCAAAUGAAGACACGGUGAACAAUUGUGCGGCAACCCUUGCGACUCUUCAACGUAAAAAAUCUGAGUUUAAAAUAUUUUUGAAAAAUGCAGAGGAUGCUUUGACCGCCGUUCGCUCUCCAUGAACAAUCUGCCGUCGAAAUGUGUACUCUUAACAACUCAAAAACCUUUUUAACUCCUAAAACGUUUUAUAACUCUUUAAUUUUUUUAAUUCGUAGUAAACUAUUAUUACAACGUUGUUUAACUCUUACUAUUUAACUAUAUCUUUUCGUAAUGCUUUUUUGGAAUCUACAACUUCCGGUACUUACAUUGUAUAACCUUCAUUAUUAUAUUUUUUCUUCCUUUAGACAAGCCUCUUGCGUGAUGCGCCUAAUUGAUGUUUAAAAAGAAUUUAAUUCAAUAAAUGAUUAUUAAG